AUGGAGCUCAAGAAAUUUGGAAAAUUUCUCGCUUGCCUGGCCUUCUUCGUCACCUUUGCCUUCGCGCAACCCACUUCUGUGACUGAGGAACUCCCUUCGAACAGCACCAGACUAGAGAAACGGCUGGGCAUCAACUGCAGAGGCAGCGCCAUGUGUUUGGGGUGCGGACAUUAUCUCAAUCGUCUUCUCGAUAUGGCCUCGUUCAUCGAGAACGACGCCGAGUAUCCCGAAAACAAGCGCAUUGUCUGUGGCGACUGUCGUAUUCCGUUUACGAAACUUGGAAUCUGCGCUUUCACUCAGAACAUGGAGGGAAAGAAGAUCAAGGGCUCCGUUGUUAGAGAGAAGCUGCUUGAUAUAUACAAGCAUGGUUGCAGAGCCUGUGGAAGUGUCCCUGUAUAUCCUGGCAAUAAUGUUGACUUAGGUGAGGUCACUGUCAACUGGGUGACUAAUAGCUGUGGCUUGCAGGUAUGCUAA